CUGGCAAGCAGCAUCUGUACUGUUGGCAGGAGUGACCAGAAUAAAAACAGCAACACCAGACAUAGAGAAGGAAAAAAGCGAAGUGAUCUCCAUUGAACCAGAGUCCUUUCUCUCUCUUAAUUACUCAUAGUCCCCUUAUCUUUCCCCUUUUUUUAAAUUUUUCUUCCAACUCUAUAAGAUUACAAGCUUGUGGUAAUUAGUGAGUCGAGAAUAAAACCAGCUGAUCGGGAGAGGGGUGUGCAUUUUGGAGCGAGAUGGCUAACAGAAACAUUCUGUUGCUCUUCUUUGGACUCUUUCUCCUUGCACUGAUUCAGCCCUCUCUUCAAGGAGGUGUGUAUGUACCACAAGGUGCUGGGAUUGGACCAGGAGGAACUGGACCAGGAACUGGAUUCUUUCCAGGGUCUGCUGGAGGAGUCCCUGCAGGCUAUAAACCAGCUAAAGCUGCGGGAGGUUAUGGAGGAGGAGGACGUGGGGUCUCGGGUGGUCUGGUGCCAGGAGGUGUUGGGCCCGGUGGCUACGGCAUUGGACUGGGAGCAGGUAGGAUGUUGCAGAAACAUUCUUGUUAUGGCAAUCUAGGUGUUGGUGGUCUUGGAGUUGGUGGCCUUGGAGCUGGAGGACAUGGAGGACAUGGAGGACAUGGAGGACAUGGAGGAGGUGGUUAUGGAGGAUAUGGAGGUGGAGGCACAGGGGGCUUCUUCCCAGGGGGCUUGUUACAGAAGGCUGCUAAAAGAGGUGCAGGAGGCUCUCUGCUACCACAUGGAGGAACUGGAGGAAUUGGGCUUGGGACUGGAGGAGUUCCUGGAGCACCUGUUAUUCCUCAGACUGGCCUUCCAGGAGGGGCUGCUGGUGGAGCUGGGAAGAAAGCUGCCAAAGUGCCAGGUGUGGGUGUGCCUGGACUUUAUCAAGGCGGACUUGUUCCAGGACAAGGAUUUGGUGGACGUGGAGUUCUGCCUGGAGUGGCCACGGGCAGCAACCUGAAUCCCAAAUCAAUUGGAGGGGGAGGACAAGGAAAUCAAGGACCAGGAGGCCGGGGUUAUGGUGGACCCAUGCAGCCAGGAGUGUUCCAUGGAUACCCACUCAAAUCACCCAAAGUUCAAGGUGCAUAUGGUUCAAAACCUGGAGGUGGCAAACUUCCAUUUGGUUAUGGUGGCUUUGGUACUGGUGGCACUGGACUUCCAGGAGGACAAGGUGGCGCUGGGUCAAGGCCUGGUUAUCCAGUUGGAACUGGAGUGGGUCCUGGAGGCAUCUCACCUGCUCAGGCUAAAGCUGCCAAAUAUGGUGUUGGAGGUGUUGGUGGUGUUGGAGGUGUUGGAGGUGUUGGUGGGGCUGGUGGUCUGUAUCCAGGGCAGGUGCCAGGAGCAGGAUAUGGAGCUGGAGCCAAAGCAGCUAAAUAUGGAGGUGUACCAGGAGGAGUACCUGGAGGUGUACCAGGAGGUGUACCAGGAGGAGUACCUGGAGGAGUUCCAGGAGGUGUACCUGGAGGAGUUCCAGGAGGUGUACCUGGAGGAGUUCCAGGAUUACCAUUUGUUGGUGGAUAUUCACCAGCAGCCAAAGCUGCUAAAUAUGGGUGGGGAGGCACAGGAGGACAAUUGGGAGCUGGAGGACAGGGAGGUGCAGGAGGACAAUUUGGAGCUGGUGGACUUGGAGGUGCAGGAGGACAAUUUGGAGCUGGUGGACUUGGAGGUGCAGGAGGACAAUUUGGACCUGGAGGACUUGGAGGUGCAGGAGGACAAUUUGGAGCUGGAGGACAAUUAGGAACUGGAGGACAGGGAGGAGGUUAUUCUUCUGCUGCAAAAGCUGCUAAAUAUGGACUUGGAGGUGCAGGAGGACAAUUGGGAGGUGGAGGACAUGGAGGACUUGGAGGUGCAGGAGGACAAUUGGGAGGUGGCGGAUUUGGAGGUGCAGGACAAUUAGGAGGUGGAGGACAGGGAGGCACAGGAGGACAAUUUGGAGCUGGAGGACAGGGAGGAGGUUAUUCGUCUGCUGCAAAAGCUGCUAAAUAUGGACUUGGAGGUGCAGGAGGACAAUUGGGAGCUGGAGGACAAUUGGGAGCAGGAGGACAUUUAGGAGGUGGAGGACAUUUAGGAGGUGGAGGACAUUUAGGAGGUGGAGGAUUUGGAGGUGCAGGACAAUUAGGAAACGGAGGACAGGGAGGAGGUUAUUCUGCUGCUGCAAAAGCUGCUAAAUACGGAGUAGGAGGACUGGGAGGAGCAGGAGGACUUGGGGGAGCAGGAGGACUGGGAGGCGCAGGAGGACUGGGAGGAGCAGGAGGACUUGGGGGAGCAGGAGGACUGGGAGGCGGACUGGGAGGAGCAGGAGGAUACUCUGCUGCUGCCAAAGCUGCUAAAUAUGGAACAGGGGGACUGGGAGGUGCAGGAGGAUUUGGAGGAGCCAGACUAGGAGGCACAGGAGGGUUUGGAGGAACAGGACCUGGGGGCACAGGACUGGGAGCAGCAGGAGGAUUAGGAGGUGGAGGUUAUUCUGCAGCUGCUAAAGCUGCUAAAUAUGGAGUUGGUACAGGGCUUGUUCCAAAUGCUGGAGGAGGAAUUCCUGCAAGAGUCCCAAUUUUACCAGGAUAUGGAUCUUUGGCAGCUGGUGCUAAACCUCCUAAAUAUGGAGUUUCAGGAGGAGCUGGAGGACUUGGUGGGGCAGGACGAUUUCCUGGUGUAGGCCUUGGUGGUGGUGGACAAUAUUCUGCUGCUGCAAAAGCAGCAAAAUAUGGAGUUGCAGGAGGAGCUGGAGUAGGGCUAGGAACUGGAGGACUUGGAGGGACAGGGGGAGCAGGAGGAUUUCCUGCUGGAGGACAAGGAGGUGGACAAUAUUAUGCUGCUGCAAAGGCUGCCAAAUACGGACUUCCUGGAGGAGCUGGGGUAGGGUUAGGAGCUGGAGGAGUUGGAGGUUUAGGGGGGGCAGGAGGACUAGGUGUUGGCCUCGGAGGUGGACAGUACUCUGCUGCUGCAAAAGCAGCUAAAUAUGGUGUUACAGGAGGAGCUGGAGCCGGGACAGGGACAGGAGGACCUGGUGGAGUUGGAAUUCAAGGUGGUGUCACUGGAACAGGACUUGUGGUACCAGGAGCCACUCAAGGUUCAGAUGUCAGUGGCAUUCCAGAUGGUUCUGCUGUUUUGAUACCAGGUGGUACAGGUGUUCCUUUUAAACCAGAAAAGGAUGCAGGUCCUAGAGCAACUGCCAGACCAGUGCCCACAUCUAUUUCUGCAACUGGCAAAGCCCCAGAGGUCCCACAGACCAGUAAGACUUGCUGUUUGCAUAAAACCUCUUUGCAUAAAGACAAUUCUGUGGUCGUCUACGGGAUACAAAUCAUGGUUGAAAUAAAAUGCAUGUGAUUGUUUGGUUGUUUUUCCAAAAGAGACUGUUUUGUUAAUUUAUAUAA